UUGGAGUGUAAAUUCGAGGUUCCAAAAACAACAGCGAUUUGCUAGUUAAUCACAAGAAACAAACUCUUAUUUUGCAAUUUCAUUUGACUAAAGUGCUGUAGCAACAUGUCUCGUGGAAGCAGCGCCGGGUUCGAUCGUCAUAUCACGAUUUUCUCUCCGGAAGGUCGCCUGUAUCAAGUUGAGUAUGCAUUCAAGGCAAUUAACCAAGAAGGAUUGACUUCGGUUGCCUUGAAGGGAAAAGAUGUGGCAGUAGUUGCCACUCAGAAAAAGAUUCCUGACAAGUUGAUUGACCCGAAGACCGUUACUCAUCUCUAUCGGAUUACCCGGAAUGUGGGAUGUGUAAUGACCGGUCGGAUUGCCGAUUCCAAGUCGCAGGUUCAACGCGCGCGGUACGAAGCUGCCAACUGGCGUUACAAGUACGGCUAUGAUAUGCCGGUAGAUGUUCUCUGCCGACGAAUGGCUGAUAUUUCACAAGUUUACACACAGAAUGCCGAAAUGAGACCAUUAGGAUGCAGUAUGGUGCUUAUUGCUUACGACGACGAGAACGGUCCGUGUGUGUACAAAACUGAUCCCGCCGGUUAUUACUGUGGCUAUAGAGCCAUUUCCGUUGGAGUCAAACAAACCGAAGCAAAUAGCUACUUGGAAAAGAAACUCAAGAAAAAAGCCAGUUUCACGGAGGAGGAAGCAAUUCAACUUGCUAUAACCUGCUUGUCGACCGUGCUCGCCGUGGAUUUUAAACCAUCAGAAAUUGAACUGGGACUGGUAACCAAGGAGAAUCCAGAAUUUCGCACGUUGACUGAGGAGGAAAUCGAAGUUCAUCUAACUGCUAUCGCAGAAAAAGAUUAGUUGGAUCCAUUACAAUUUAUUCGUUUAUCAUUCACGAAGGAAAUAUAAAAACUUAUCUUAA